GUAUACAGCCAUUUGCAUAAUUGCAUGUCACAUUAUCGGUGGGACAGACACGUUUGACUUUAACUACGCAUAAGCGAUUUUGUUGUCCCCUUCUGAUCGUUUCCGAUUUGCUUUUUCUCACACAACACAACACAACACAGGGCAGAGAGAGUGUGAAAGAGAGAGUUACACAGCAAAACAAUGUCCACGCUGAAGGUGCCUCAACCUCUUCCCCCUGUUGCCGAUGACUGUGAGCAGCUCCGAAAAGCCUUCUCAGGUUGGGGAACUAAUGAGGGACUGAUUAUAUCGAUCUUGGGUCAUCGAAAUGCUGCUCAGAGGAAGCUUAUUAGAGAAACUUAUGCUGAGACUUAUGGAGAAGAUCUCCUCAAGGUCUUGGACAAAGAGCUCACAAGUGACUUUGAGAGGCUAGUUCAUCUUUGGACACUUGAUUCUGCUGAACGUGAUGCAUUUUUGGCAAAUGAGGCAACUAAAAAAUGGACUUCAAGUAAUCAGGUUCUGGUGGAAAUAGCCUGCACUAGGUCCUCUGAACAGUUGUUUUAUGCGAGGAAAUCUUAUCAUGCUCUUUAUAAGAAGUCUCUUGAGGAGGAUGUUGCUCAUCACACAACAGGGGACUUCCGUAAGCUCCUAUUACCUCUUGUUAGUUCCUAUCGAUAUGAAGGAGAUGAGGUUAAUUUGACCCUGGCAAAAUCUGAGGCAAAAUUACUGCAUGAGAAGAUUUCAAAUAAGGCUUACAAUGAUGACGACUUCAUCAGGAUUUUGGCCACAAGGAGCCGAGCACAGAUUAAUGCUACUUUGAAUCACUACAAAGAUGAAUUUGGAAAAGAUAUCAACAAGGACCUGAAAGUUGACCCAAAGGAUGAGUUCCUGGCUUUACUAAGAGCAACUGUGAAGUGCUUGAUCCGUCCCGAGAAGUACUUUGCCAAGGUUGUUCGUUUGGCUAUCAACAGGCAAGGAACAGAUGAAGGAGCUCUUACAAGAGUGGUAGCCACCAGGGCUGAGGUUGAUUUGAAAACUAUAGCUGAAGAGUAUCAAAGGAGGAACAGUGUCCCUCUUGAUCGUGCCAUAGUCAAGGACACCACCGGUGACUACGAGAAAAUGCUUUUGGCACUUUUAGGACACGAUGAUGCUUAACAUGCUCCUGUGUAUGUGUGUGUUUGUACUUGUUAAGAGGCACUAUAUAAUGUGCAGUGUGUUACCUGUUUGGUGUGUCUUGGACCAUCGUUGUCUUCCCAUGUUGAAUAAAAUAGACGACUUUAGGUCACUUGGAUGGGAUUUUAAAGCCCCUAGAAUUUGUUGAAUGCCAAACAUACUUGGGAUUUAGUUCAGAUUUUGUAAAUCAUGACAAGAGUGUCUCUACAAGGGUCACUUUUCUAAAUAUAUAUAUAUAUAUAAGGAUUGAUAAGAUCCAUUGAU